GGGCCUUUCGUGUGCCGCCACAGACGUCUUCAUUCCACUUGUGGGACUAGCUAGGACGCUCUGCGCGAAAAGACAGUCAGUGUGCACCAUGCUCGCAUCAUCACAUCACUCCCCUAACUAGUUCUCGCACGGGACGUUGAGAGUGGAGCUAUUCUGUUUCUUGUGCUGGUGCAGUUUUCGCAUUCUGUUUCUGUACAAAGUCUGCGUCACUAGUGCGUCCGCAGCUCGUUUCUCUACAGUCAUUAGAAAUCUUCUAAGAAGCAUAAAUAGUAGUGCCCCUCUGGGCUCUAUUUCGUGCUGCCUGGCACAGAGAAGGAAGCCCUGUGUUCCUGCCAGCGCAAUGACUGGUGACCAGGAGAAAUCGCAUGGCGGGAGUACAGCGGUUAUCCGCCAGGUGGCGUUGGUGCUUGUAGCGCUGGCAGCUGUCCAGCCCUGGGCACCGGCUAACACCUUCGUCGUGCAUCACCCACAGGACGACGGCGUGGACUGGAUAUCGAAGCUGGUGACACCCUACAGAAAUACCACAGCCCUUGAUCAGCUAUCUGGCCGGUGGUAUGUGGUGGAGGUGGUGUUCCCGAUGCCGAUGUGGGGCGCGGACACGUGCGUGUGGCUGGACUUCUGGCAGCACGAAAACGGCUCCACGCUGUUCCACGUCGAGUACUACAGGAGCAGCGCCAACAAGUCUGUGCGAUCCGCCGACGGAGUUCUCGACAGGGGCGUCUGGCACCAGCACGGUACCGGGGGCGGCGAGCUGGCAGUGCUGGACCUGGAGCACGACGUGAUGUCGCUGGCUGUCUGCCCGCGUAGCUACAUGUGCUUCGGCUACGUGCUCUCCAGGGACCUGCUGGCGUGCGACCGCCGCUCCGAGAUGCUGCAGGUGCACAGGCGGAUGAGGGAGGCUGGUCUGAAUCACACCCGCUGGGGGAUCCCAGUAGAUCCAGAGGUCUGUAAUACGGGGCACAGGGUACCCGACUAUGUACCACAGCGGCCUCCGGUCAAUGACUACGAAGCCUAAACGGGGUCCCAGGCCCUUGCCAGUUCUGCCUAUUUCCUAACGGUUGACGAACAUCGCUCCCACCGGCAGCAUCACCUGGAUCAUUCAACAGCAGCAUCUCAAUCCUCUCUCAUCGCUGAUAAAUGUGUUACAAAAAUGUCGAUACUAUGCAGACAUCCAAAUAGCUUCAUCAGCUUAUAUUGCUGCAUCUCUUAGAAAUAAAACAGAAAACCAAGUCUUAAAUUUGGUACAACUAUGUUUAGAUAGCUUUUUCAGUGAAAGUAUCUGGGAUGGUAGUGACAUCUCCAUCAGUCCACCAUUGGAGGUAAAGCAUCGUGUAGAUUCCAAACACACGUUUGUAAAUAAUUUAGCUGUUCCUUUUCAGACUUAAAUAGAGACCUAAUACCCAAAUUUACUGUCAGGGUACAGUCCAUGUGAAACUUACAGGAGAAUUCAGUAACUGGUGGGAACAUUUGGAAGUAUUCUGUACACCCUUUGAGAGAAGGUGAAGUAAGGGAACGGUGCAUACAUUUGCAGGCUAAUGUCACUGGCUUAUCAAAGUGCUUCCUUGUAUCCAAAUUAAAAGCAGGUGGUCAUGAUAAGCUACGAUUAAGUGCCAGAAGAGUAACUCUAUCCUAGUGUCAAACAUUGAGCCCUCCUAUACGAACAUAAAUGAAAUAAGACUUUCCAGAGCAUAAUAUGAACAGCUAUCUUAUCUUCUUCAUGGGACUUCCCAUUAUGUAAAGCUCAAGCGUCUUCCAGGAAUAAAGAGCAAACAAUGGGAAACAUUGAGUACAUUACUGCUAACACUUUUUGUUUUACAUCAUCUUACACAGUUUACGAAGUUGAAAUACUGCGAUAUCUUUCUGAUGUUCAGAUCCUAGAACAAUAUAAGAGACGAUCUUAACACAGUAAAAGUAUCAUCACUUGGUACUCAUACCCAUAUGAGCAUCCAGUCAUUUAAUCAAAAUGUUGAGUAUUUUUUCAUUUCUCGCAGAAUCAUUUACGAAAUAUCUUUCAUUACCACCAUUAACUUUUCUGUAGCAGUUUAAUACCUGAAUGACUCACUGUACUGCCUUUAAACUUAAUGGACAAUAGUAUUUAAUUCUGCAUAUAGAGCAACAGAACAAAACAAACAAAAAUUUUUCUCAUAACUCAGCAGCUACUAUGGAUUCGUAUCUACCUCGUGCUAUUAUCAAUUUUUAUGUUAACUAUUUCACUCAGUGUACUAUGUAGUAUUAAGAAAAAAGAAAACAACAUGCCGUUUUAUAUGUGCUUCAUCUAUGUUUUACGUGAUGUUUUGUAACCUUUUGAUGCUAUUUGCUAUCAGUACAACUGAAAAAUCUGAUGUCAAACCUAGUGUUUAAUGUACUUUCUGUGCUGUAUUUCUUAA